AUGAGAACACAGCCAGGAGUAAAUGGCGACUAUAUGCCAGCAGACAAUAGUGAACUGAUGGCUCCUAACAGUUUCUGUCACAAAUUUGGAGGAUGUUUCUUAGCUGGUGACACUCGAUCUAGUGAACAUACGUUGCUUGCAACUAUGCAUAUUUUGUUUGUUCGAGAACACAACAGGAUAGCUCGAGCUUUACGAAAACUCAACCCACAUUGGGAUGGCGAGAAAAUCUACCAGGAAACAAGAAAAAUAAUUGGUGCUGUGUUGCAAAAAAUCACGUACGAAGAUUUUUUACCAAUCGUUCUUGGAAAACCUCUGCCAAGUUAUCAAGGCUAUAACUCAAAAGUAAAUCCUGAUGUUCUUAACUCGUUUUCUACAGCAGCAUUCAGAUGUGGACACAGUUUAAUAAGACCAUCAUUUGAUAGACUUGAUGCAAAUUACAAUCCAACAGGGGACCCCUUACCAUUACGUCAUCUCUUUUUUAACAAUACCUAUAUUAAGAAACGCGGCAUAGAUGAAUUAGCUCUUGGUCUACUCAGCAAUUCUUCACAGGGAGUGGACCGAGAACUUGCAGUUGGAGUGUUAAAUCAUUUAUACGAACGUCGGCAUUCUCCAGGUUUAAACCUGGCUGCAAUAAAUACCCAGCGUGGCAGAGAUCACGGUUUACCUGAUUAUAACGCUUUUAGACGACAUUGUGGUUUGAAAAGUGCGAAGACCUUCAAGGAUACAUUCAACGAAAUUGCACUUCGGCGAAAUAGACGACUUUUAGCUAAGCUUUAUAAUAACAAACCUGAACUUGCCGAUUUAUGGGUGGCAGGUUUAGCAGAAACCCCAGCAAAUGGUGGGAUUGUCGGAGCAACAUUUGGAUGUAUCAUGCGAAAGCAAAUGACAAGAGCAAGAGAUGGAGACAGGUAUUUCUACAUGAAUAAAGGAAUGUUUUCACAACAACAGUUGAAAGAAAUUAGGAAAGCGUCGUUGUCGAGGAUUAUGUGUGACAAUUUGAGAAGCAUUGUUUCAAUUCAGAAGAAUGCAUUCAUAUCAGGAAGAAGAAGCAACCGUCGUACUGAGUGUGGUAAUAUUCCUGGUAUUGAUUUGACACCAUGGGAAGGUAAGCACUACUAA